AUUCUGGAACCUGCCAGGAUGGGGCCUCUGAGGCCCAGCCCAGGGCCUGGGGGGCAGCAGUUGCUGCUGCCCCCCUUACUGCUGGCACUAAUGCUCCUAUUGGCUCCAGCUGCAGGCCAUACCACCCAGGUAGUAUACAAGGUGCCAGAGGAACAGCCGCCCAACACCCUCAUUGGGAGCCUUGCCGCUGACUACGGUUUUCCAGACGUGGGUCAUCUGUAUAAACUAGAGGUAGGUGCUCCAUAUCUUCGAGUGGAUGGCAAGACUGGUGACAUUUUCACCACAGAGACUUCCAUUGACCGAGAGGGGCUCCGUGAAUGCCAGAACCACCCUAAGAAACCCUGUAUCCUGGAGUUUGAGGUGUCUAUCACGGACCUGGUGCAGAAUGUCAAACCCCGGUUGGUAGAGGGCCAGAUAGAGGUGCAAGACAUCAACGACAACACACCCAACUUUGCCUCACCAGUCAUCACCCUGGCCAUCCCUGAGAACACCAACAUCGGCUCACUAUUUCCCAUCCCACUGGCCACAGACCGUGACGCUGGUCCCAAUGGUGUAGCAUCCUAUGAGCUGCAGGCCGGGCCUGAGGCCCGACUGGAGGUGGGGGAGGACCAAGAAGAGAAGCAGCCACAGCUCAUUGUCAUGGGCAACCUGGACCGUGAGCGUUGGGACUCCUACGACCUCAGCAUCAAGGUACAAGAUGGCGGCAAUCCUCCACGUGCCAGCAGUGCCCUGCUGCGAGUCACUGUGCUUGAUACAAACGACAACGCUCCCAAGUUUGAGCGGCCGUCCUACGAAGCUGAGCUGUCUGAGAAUAGCCCCAUUGGCCACUCGGUCAUCCAGGCUCAGGCCGGAUUCCUCACACUGGUGCCUUGCCAGCAACAGACAACAGUCAAGGAGCUGCAGCAACAGAACUUCUCAGUGAUGGAGAAAAUGCCAGCGCUGAGUCCAGUGGGCAUGGUGACUGUCAUUGAUGGAGACAAGGGGGAGAAUGCCCAGGUACAGCUCUCAGUAGAGCAGGACAAUGGUGACUUUGUUAUCCAGAAUGGUACAGGCACCAUCUUAUCCAGCUUGAGCUUUGACAGGGAGCAACAGAGCACCUAUACCUUCCAACUGAAGGCUGUAGAUGGUGGUGUUCCACCUCGCUCAGCGUAUGUCGGUGUCACCAUCAAUGUGUUGGAUGAGAAUGACAAUGCACCCUUUAUCACUGCCCCUUCCAACACGUCUCACCGACUGUUGACCCCGCAGACACGUCUUGGUGAGACAGUCAGUCAGGUGACAGCGGAGGACAUUGACUCUGGUGUCAAUGCUGAGCUGACCUAUAGCAUUGCUGGUGGCAACCCUUAUGGACUCUUCCAGAUUGGAUCACAUUCAGGUGCCAUCACCCUGGAGAAGGAGAUUGAACGGCGCCACCAUGGGUUACACCGCCUAGUGGUGAAGGUCAGUGACCGAGGCAAGCCCCCACGCUAUGGCACAGCCUUGGUCCACCUUUAUGUCAAUGAGACCUUAGCCAACCGCACCCUGCUAGAGACCCUCCUUGUCCAUAGCUUGGACACACCAUUGGAUAUUGACAUUGCUGGGGAUCCAGAAUAUGAGCGUUCCAAGCAGCGUGGCAACAUCCUCUUUGGUGUCGUAGCCGGUGUGGUGGCCGUGGCCUUACUCAUCGCCUUGGCAGUGCUCGUGCGCUACUGCCGACAGCGGGAGGCCAAGAGUGGCUAUCAGGCUGGCAAGAAGGAGACGAAGGACCUGUAUGCCCCCAAGCCCAGCGGCAAAGCUGCUAAGGGAAACAAGAGCAAGGGGAAGAAGAGCAAGUCCCCGAAGCCUGUGAAGCCAGUGGAGGACGAGGAUGAGGCAGGGCUGCAGAAGUCCCUCAAGUUCAACCUAAUGAGCGAUGCCCCUGGGGACAGUCCCCGGAUCCACCUGCCCCUCAACUAUCCACCAGGCAGCCCCGACUUAGGCCGCCAUUACCGAUCCAACUCCCCACUGCCUUCCAUCCAGCUGCAACCCCAGUCACCCUCGGCCUCCAAGAAGCACCAGGUGGUGCAGGACCUGCCGCCUGCAAACACAUUUGUGGGCACCGGGGACACCACGUCCACGGGCUCUGAGCAGUACUCCGACUACAGCUAUCGCACCAACCCCCCCAAAUACCCCAGCAAGCAGUUACCUCACCGCCGUGUCACCUUCUCGGCCACCAGUCAGGCCCAGGAGCUGCAGGACCCAUCACAGCACAGUUAUUAUGAUAGUGGCCUGGAAGAGUCUGAAACACCAUCUAGCAAGUCAUCCUCAGGUCCCCGACUUGGUCCCCUGGCCCUACCUGAGGACCACUAUGAGCGCACCACCCCUGAUGGCAGCAUAGGUGAAAUGGAGCACCCUGAGAACGGUGAGGAACGUCAGCCUGUCUGA